AUGCAAGGCAGAGGCGUCGCUCCCGCAUCGGGGCUACGAGUGGCAGGAGCGCGCACCCAACCGCCAACGUCAUUUUGCCCAUUGCCCGCCAGAGUCACAACAACCACCAAAACUCUGCAGUUAGGGAAACAACCACCACCACAACCACAACACCACGGCUACCACCAUCGUCACCCAUAA